AUGGUUCAAAAGGGAGGGGAUGCUGGCUCUUCUAAGUCCUCUGAUCAGGCUGGACCGUUAGUAAAAUUGCGACGUUCUCCUCGAAGUCCUGGGGGAGGAUUGAAGCCCUGUGGACCUGUGAUUAUCGAUGAGACAAAUAAUCAGGUAUUUUAGUUUCUUAUUUUCCUGUUUCAAUGUUGUUUUUAUUUCUUAGUAGGGUGUUUAGUUUAUUUAUAGUGAACAAAAUUUUAUAUGCUCAGUAACUGGUUACUAUAUUUUUGGUUUAUUGUGAUUUAUUUAUAUCUCUUUCUGUUAUAGGUAAUUGGUUCCUUUGAGGUUAUUGAUAUUUUAACUGUGUUGUUUAAUUGUUAAGGUAACCAGUUACUUUGGCAAAUAAUUUUUCAUUUUUUCAGUGUCUGUUUUUAAUGAUUCUAAGUGAUAAUUUAUUUGUCCUUUUUUAACUGUUCUUGUUUCUAUAUUUGAUAUGUUUUUGGUUUGUAGAGGUUAUAUUUUUUUUCAUGUGUUGUGUAAUUUUAUAGGUAACUGGUUACCUUUGGUAUGUAAUCGCUUUCUUUUGUGGGAUUUUGUUUUUAAUGAUUGUUAGUAAUCAUUUUUAAGUUUGAUUUCUUGUGUUGUUGUUUUAUAGUUUUUUUUUUGCCUUGUAUAUGGUGUAAUGUAGCUUGGUGAUAAGGUAGUGAGGUUUUCUAUUGGUGAUUUUGGAUUAAUUACUGGGCUAGAUUGUGACGGUAGUGUUGAUUUAAGUAUGUUUCCUGAUGGUCCAUCAAUUUCAUUUACUCGGCCCUCAAGAAAACAAGCCUUUUGGAGCGAAUGAAAAAGUUAGCAAAAAUGAAGUUAGUAAUCUUUUUAAUUCAGAGAAUUUUAAUGCAAUGGGGGAUGACCUUGUUGUGAAGUUGGGGAUUAUUCACUUUUUGGCUGGUUUUUUGUUUGGGACCCAGAAUGAGACAAGGGUAGACAACAAGUUUUUUGGUAUAGUUGAUUGUGAGCUUUCCAUGUUGAAAAAGUUUGCAUUUGGCAAAAUUUUGUGGCAAAGAACUAGGUGUUAUAUGUGAUCUGCUUUAAAAGAGAGGAAUGCUCUAUACAUGAAAAUUCCUAGAAAAACAGUUGGGUCUCUUGAUACUUGGAGUUACAAGUGUUUUGGUUUUCCUCUUGCAUUCCUUAUAUGGAUUUACGAGACAUUGCCAAUUUGUUCAUCGUUUUUAUGUCGGAGGAUUAGUUCUUCAUUUCCAAGGAUAUUGAAUUGGCAUAGCCAGAAUAGUGUGAGUUAUCAAGAAGUUCUUGAGAGAGUCUUUAUAGAUGAGAAUGUAUAUUUUUUCCUCUUUUUUUUUUUUGUGUUGUAUUUUUGUAUCUGUUAUAUAUGUUUUAUAUUUGUAAGUAACAGGUUACUUCUCAUUUUUAUAGUUUUUUUUUAAUUUCAUAUUUAAUUAUUGAAGCUUUCUGUUGCUAUUUAUGUUCUUUUUAUUUGAUUCUCUUUGUUUUUUUUUAAUUUAAUUCAGUUUGAUGCCAAUAUUGUCGUUCCUAAUGCGAAGGAAAAGAAAUUUGGUAUCUUGAAAAAUUUAUCAUUUGAAAGUGUAUUCUGUCCACACCACCACCUAUAGGUGAGGACAUUCCACUAUCAGAGAUGCCUUUGUUGAGGCCUUGACUCUUUCUUCCAAAGAAGCAUUUGGAGGUUUGUUUUUGUUCUUUUUCUUCAUUUUUUAAUUUUUUUUAAAACCCUUAUUUAUAUUUGAUUAUGUUUUAAUGUUUUUAUCUUCUUGUUUAAUUGUAUGUAAGAUCAAUAUAACAAGGGGCUCCAAGAUCAAAUCAAGGAGUUACAUGUAAAGCUGACUGAAGUUCAAGCUUCCCAAAAGUUGAUUAUUGGUGAACUUGGUUCUUUCAAGAAAAGUUUUGAAGUUGAUUUUGCUACACAUAUCGGUUUGCUUGUAGACAUUAAGUCUGUUGUGUCUGUCAAAACUGAUGGUGGAGAUUUAGAUUCUCAAAAUCAAAUGGACUUUGACCAUGUUUCUCAGGUAACCAAUUUCUUGUGUAAUUGUCUUUUCCUAUAUUAUUUGUUGUAUAUCUUGAUUAAAUAUUUCAUUGCUUUCUCCAUGAUUAUAUUGAUGAUGUUUGUGUGGGGGGUACCAAGAUGUUGAAGUUGGUGAAAAGUUGGGGGCUGAUUUGGAGCAUUCUGUGAAGAUUGCUUCAGAUUUUGUUACUCAAGUUAAGGUAUAUUGUUUUAAUCAUAUAUUGUCUAAGGAAGUAGUUUGAUUUUUAUAUUUGUUAUAAAUUAUAAAUUUGUUCUCUUUUGUUUUUGCAGAGUCAAUCUAAUGAAGCCUCAUUGCUAUGCUCGACUCCUUUAACUCCUACAUUUCAUGUGUCAAAUAAAAUGUGGAAGAUUACAAAUGAGUCUACUGAGAGACCAUUAAAAGAUAGCAGUUAAAUGGAGGAUAAGAGCAAUUGGUCAAUUGUUGUUUAUGAUUCUUCAAGGGUGGCUGAUCUUGUGGCUAUUUUUCCUAAGAAAAGAGAGGCGAAGCCGAGUGCUGUGGUCAAGUCUCCUUUCAUGACAAAGUUUGGGUCUUCUGAAGAUGAAGGUAAACACAAAAGAAAAAAGACUAUAUUGGAUAAUAUAUAUCAUUUUUCUAAUGACCUUGGUCAUAAUCACACUGAAGAAUAAACUUCUGAGUUUCAUAGUUGGAUUGAAACUAAAGUCAAGCAUAAUAACAACUAUGUACAAUUUGUUUUUUUUUUAAUUUUUGGUUUGUGUGAAAUUGUUUGUUUCAUUUUCUAAAAAUUGUUUUGUUUUUUUAGGUUUAAGAAAUAUGAUGAUAACAAGGUUGAGCCAUCGAUCAAUUUCACUUUCAUUUUUAUUGACGAGAGGACGUGGUUCUACCGUUUGUAUUUUUCUGGGCAGUUUGUUGAUUCAUCUGUGAGUUUCUUUCUUUUUAUGUUGUCUUUAUCAUUUUUUUUUAAAAAAAUUCAUUGAUGUGCUUCAAUUCUAUAUUACUAUGUUUUGAUGGCGUAACUAGUUCCCACAGUCAUUUUUUGUGUUUCAACGAUAUUUGUAAUUAGUUACCCAAAUAUAUAAUCUAGUAGUUUAGCUGGGGUAACUAGUUACCACAGUCAUUUUUUGUGUUGCAAUGCUUUGUGUAACUGGUUACCCAAAUGUAUAAUUUUGAUGUUUAGCUGAUGGUAACUUGCUAACCAAACUUUUUAUUUUGUUGUGCAGCUGAUUGGAACUGGUUACCCUUUAUAUUUUGAUUAUGUUAUGUUGUAAGUGGUAACAUGUUUCUUCAUAGUGAUCUUAUAAGCAUUUAUUUUUCAAAAUGCAGCAUAUUGAUGUCAUGAUGUAUUAUUUGAGGAGAAAUGUUAAGUUAUGCAAAGGUUUGAAGAGGAGAGUCUCUACUACUGAUAGUUGUUUUGGCCAAAAUAUUGUGUUCAUGUUUGAGAAGUUUAUGAAAUCAGGCAGUGGUACAUUUAACAUUGAUGACAGUUGUGUUCCUUUGAAGAUUAUAAGGGGCGAGUCAUUGUUUUGCAGCACUCAUUGGAAUCUACUUGAUCAUGUUCUUAUUCCUGUUAAUGUGAAGAAUUUUUCUCAUUGGCUUUUGUUGCAUUUUGACAUAAAGAUGAGGUUGCUCAUUAUUUAUGAUUCUAUAUCGGGGCGAGGCAUGAAAAUUUGAGCUUACCUGUAAUUGAAGAAUUUGCUGUAAUGAUUCCUCUUCUAUUGGAAAAGGUUGGUUUUUAUGAUCGUCCUGGUAUAAAUAUUGAUCUUAGUCCUUAUGACGUUGCUGAGGAUGAUGCUUUGCAAUUGACUAUUGCUAAAGGCGUUCCUCAACAAGUUGAGUGCGAUUGUGGGAUUUUUACAACUUAUUUUGCCGAGCAAUUAAUUCUUGGAAAGGAAAAAGAGAUGUCAAAAGAUCUUGAUGCUCAGUUGCUUCACCAAGACAUUGCUGUUAGCUUGUAUUUUCAUGGGAAGAAGAAACAAGAAGAUGGAUAUUUGACUAACGAUGAGUUUCGUGAAAAACUUUUGGAUAGGAGGUAGAAGAGGAAGAAGACUGAUGCAUAGGUUUACUUAAGACUGCUGCAUAGGUUAUUUAGGAGUCUUUAGGACAGGAUAUUAUAUAUUUUUUAUUUUGUCUAUACUCUAGACUAGAUCAACUUUUGGAAAGGAUAUUUAACUUUUGGAAAAGAUGACCAAUAGUUAGUUGGAUUCUAGUAUAUGUUAAAUUGCUACUAUUGUAAGACCUUGGUUACUUAAGAAUAUCUUAUAUAUCUUUUGAUAUUUUUUUGU